AAUAUGUUACAAGUUAUAAGUCAAUGCAAUUUAUAAUAUAAGUUUUUAUAUAAGUUGUUUUUGGUUAAUUUGUGGAUUAAAUAUGAAUUUAAAAACAAGUUUAUAGUUUUUAGAUCAUACAUUGGAUAUUAAAUAUUACAAUGGCUACUGCUCGACAGAUAUUACAACAAGAAAUAUUUGAUCAAUGUGAUCAAAAACUUUUAGCGUUUGUCGGCGUGAGUAAUGAUUCAAAAAAAAAGAAAUUUGGAUACCUGUGUCUAUCAGACACCAAGGAACCACCUUCGAAUAUUUAUAUUCACCAGAUAAAAUUUGAUAAUAAAGUUGUGAAAAAAAAAAGAAUUUGGUCAUUGAAUGAAUUGAUUACUGUUGAUGGCAAAACUUCAUCUCAAGAUUGUUUAGAUAUAGAAUUAACUUUGGAUAAACCAUAUAAAUGGGUAGCAACUAAUAAUCAAGAGCGUAAAAUAUUUUUAAUAUCUUUAUGGAAGCAAUGUGCCAGCUACGUAUUUGAUAGAACACCUGAAUUCAAAAAUUUACCUCUUGACUGGACAUCUGGCGAUUUAGUUGUUCUACCUGCCGAUCGUAAAUCAAAACUUUCCUUAGCUGUAUCGCCUAUUAUUAGUGCUGAAGAUUUUCAACCUCUAUCAGAAAAAGAAGAACAAGAUCUAGAAUUAUUAAUGAAAGAAUGUGGAUUUGCCGCUAAGGAUGCUAAAGCAUUUACAGAUAUGUUGGCGACUCAAUUAAUGGCUCUAGAUGGUGAGAAUGUACAGAGUGUUCUUGCCUCAGAGCCGCAAGUUACAAAAUUAAUGGAUCAAUUAGAAACAGCUAUUCAAGAAAUUGAAAAGGUAGAAUCAGCAUUAGAUAUGUAUGAUGAGACCUUAAGACAUGUGCGAGAUACAAUUGAUAAGAUGGAUCAGAAAAAUGCUAAUAUUCAAACAGCUAAUAAAAAUAAUGAAAAAUUACUUAAUGAACUACAAAAAGUAAUUCAUCAAUUAGAACUUUCUCCAAAACAUCAAUUAUCAUUAACUGAUGCUGACUUAACUACACMAACUGGAUUAAGAGAUGCUAUUGAGGCUGCAAAAGAAUUACAAGCAGUUAUGAAUGCGCAAAUUCAUCCAGCUUUAGUUCGAUUAAAGGCAAUACAGGAACAAAGAAGGCGAUUUGAAAAAUGGAAAGCAAAAUUUUCUCAGAUUCUCUCUAGACAUCUCAACAAUUUGUUUAUUCAUAUGGUAUAUUUAAAAAAAUCUAUAAAUUAUUUAUAU